AGCCUCGCACAACUGUCGCCAUUUCUUUCUUUAACAUCCUCCCUCUUCUAGAAGACUUUUGCAGCAGUUCAGUUCCUGCCUUUGCCAUCGGAGUUACAUUUCUUGACUUAGUCAGGAUUCCCGGGCCAACUCCACCACUUGCGCGCAAGAAACCCGCUGGACUUGGUCUUGAAGACCAAAUAAACCUUCAAGAUGUCUGGAACAGACUACUCAUACGAUGAGCAGGGACAAUUCUUCCCCUUCUUCGUUCUCACUGUCGUGGGAAUAGUCACAAUCCCGUUGACUUACUCUGUCCUCAAACCCAGCUCAGACCCCGGUGUUACCGCUCCGCGAAUAAAGACAGAUUUCCAACCAGAGCAUGCAGACCUGAUCGAUGCCCAACGAAAGGCACAGAAGAGACGAGAGCGUAAGCUGAAGCGCGGAGUCGCAGUGGUGGCGGGGUGGGCGAUUAUGGCUUUGAUGGCCUAUUUGAUCAUAGUCACUGCGCGUACGGUACCAAAGAUAUGGAAUCCGUAUGAUAUCCUAGGGCUUUCAGACUCUGCCACCGAGAAGGAAAUCAAAUCGCACUACAAGCGCCUCUCCCUUAAAUUCCAUCCGGAUAAGAUUAGACCAGACCCAGCAAAGAAUCAAACCCUCGAAUCCUUAAACGAUUACUUUGUCGAACUCACCAAGGCGUACAAGGCGCUUACAGACGAGGAAAUUCGGAACAACUACCAACAAUAUGGACAUCCAGACGGCAAACAGAGCUUCAGCAUUGGGAUUGCUCUCCCAAAGUUCAUUGUCACAGAUGGGAACGGAAAAUAUGUUAUUCUGGUCUAUGCUGCCCUGUUGGGCGUGCUUUUGCCCUAUUUAGUUGGCUCUUGGUGGUACGGCACGCAAAGAAUGUCGAAAGAGAAGGUUUUGAUCGAGAGUGCCAAUAAUUUGUUCCGGGAAUACAGUGAGGAUAUCACGGAGGGAGGGAUUAUCAGCGCUUUAAGCACUGGCGUGGAAUUUCAACAGACUCUGAAGGGUGAUAAGGCAGAGUCGGGUCUUGAGAGGGUGGAGUCGCGAGUUCUUGCAGAGGGCGAACCUUUUACCUAUGUUGGUGGACUGACUGCUAAGGAUCGGACAAAGCUGGAGGAUCUGGAAGGCGGCGUUAGACGAAAGGCUCUCGGUCUUCUCUGGGGAUACUUGGGCCGCGUGGAACUUGACGACACCGCGCUCAACCAAGCAAAGAUUGAAGUAGCGCCCAUCGCUCGCGCUCUCAAUGCCUCCUUCAACGCUAUCGCUCUUGCUUUCGGCUCAACUGGCCCCAUUCUAGCUUCGUUCCUGACAGCUCAGAAUCUCAUCCAAGCUAUCCCACCAGGAGCGUCACCACUCCUGCAGCUGCCUUACAUCACACCUGCUAUUGCAAGAGCAAUCGAAGGCGAUGCCAAGACACACCUCACUUUGCAACAAUACAUGCAACUUCCGGAAGCUUAUCGACGAAAAUUGUCUGUUGGAAAGGGCCUCCUGACCGAAUCACAAUACAAGACAGCUAUUGAUCUGGCAAAGCAGCUGCCCCGACUUCAAGUUGAGAAAGCUUUCUUUAAGGUGAUUGGCGAGAAAUACAUCACACCUGGUUCGCUGGUUUCAUUCGUCGUGAAGGGUCGAUUCGUUCCGCCUGGAAGUCAGAACGUUCCGGAGGUCAAUGAACUAGACUUGGAGGAUGUUGACCCCGAGGAAGAUGAUCUCGACGCCAUCCUCGGCAGGCAGAAGAAGACUAGCAAGGGCGAAAAGCUAAAGGAGGACAAGCCAGUCCAACCACCUCUCGCAUACGCCCCAUAUUACGCGCGCAACUACUCACCCCGCUGGAACGUUUUCCUCACAGACAGCAAGCAGGGCAAAAUGGCUGUCCCGCCUUUCACCUUCAUUGCGUUUGACAAGCCGAUUUUCGACGAGAGCGGAAAGCCGACUUUCAACAUGCAAACAUUAAAGGCGCAAUUCCAAGCUCCGCCACAAGCAGGUCAUUACACUUUCGUGAUGCACCUGAUCUGUGACUCGUACGUUGGAUUUGACACCAAGAUGGAGGUAACGCUUGUUGUGGAUGAAGCAGCUAAAGCUGCGGAAAUCGAAGCUGAGGACGAUAUCAGUGAGCCAGACGAGGGUAGGUCUAAACCAACACACUUCACACGUUCGAAUGCUAACAGCACAACAGACUCGUUAGCUGGCCAAAUGAAUGCACUCAAAACCGGCGGCCUCACAGGUCCACCCCCCAAGAAAAAGAAGAGGCCAGUUACGGAAGAGUCAAGUGAUGAGGAGAGUGGUACGGAGGGCGAGGAAGCCGAGGAUACCAGUGAAACCGAUACGGACACUGAUGAAGAAUAAAUAUCUUGGAAUUGACAUUUUCUGGCCAUUGCAUUUCGAUCGGGGCGUGUAAAAAUAUCGGCGUAGCAUUGGGGCUGGCGUUCACAUACAUUCUGCACUGUGGUUCGUUUGAAACUCGCAGCGGGUGUGGCGGUUUGUUUUGGUUUGGAGAAUAGGAUUAGCGGACAGCGAACGGAUUCAGAAUGCGGAAUCCGAGCCAA